UUUUCUAUUCCUAAUUGCCUCGGAAGUGCUUGCUAUAUUGAAUUUCUGUUCUGUUUAGUGAUUUUAAUUGCAUGCUCUGUGAAAUUCUUCAACCUUCGACGACCUUAUAUCCGUGGAACGUUUGAGCUAUGGAUCAAAAUGACAUGGAUAUCACAAACAUGGAACCUCCUCCAAGUCCAAAGCCUAGCUUUGUAAGAAAUGCCAAUCUGGCAACCAUGAAGGAGGACUAUCUUUAUCAUUUAGCGUUGGAUACAGAACAUCAUGAUUUAAAAGACAUGUUUAAGGAUGUUAGAUUUGUUUGCUUUGGAGGGUCACCAAGUCGUAUGAAGGCAUUUGCAUUUUACAUGGUGGAUGAAUUGAAAUACAAAAUGGUUGCUGGUCAAACAUUAGAGAAUAUAUCUAGAGGAUCAGAUCGAUAUGUGUUAUAUAAAGUGGGCCCUGUUCUCUCAGUUAGUCAUGGGAUGGGAAUCCCCUCCUUGUCCAUACUGAUCCAUGAAAUCCUAAAACUGCUGAAUCAUGCAGGAUGUGACCCCGGAGAGGUCAUCUUCUUCAGGUUGGGAACCAGUGGUGGACUUGGCCUGGAGCCUGGUACAGUUGUUAUAUCUGAGGCUGCUGUAGAUGGCCUUCUACGACCAUAUAUGGAAGUGGCAAUUCUGGGAUUGAUUAAUCAGUUCCCUGCUUUUCUGUGUCCUAUGUUGAACAAUGAACUCUUAGAUGUAGCUAAAUCUAUAGGAUGCGAGACAGUGCUAGGAAAAACUAUGUGUACAUAUGACUUCUAUGAAGGUCAGGGCAGGUUGGAUGGAGCAUUUUGUGACUUCACUGAGGAGGAUAAGAUGAAUUUUCUCAAACGAGCUCAUGGAAAGGGAAUUGCCAAUAUUGAAAUGGAAUCAUUGUGUUUUGCUGCCAUGUGCCACAGGGCAGGUGUCAAAAGUGCUGUACUGUGUGUGACACUCCUAGACAGAUUGAAAGGGGACCAAAUCUCUACCCCACAUGAUGUAAUGGAGGAAUGGCAACAACGUCCUCAAAGAAUUAUGUCGGCAUUUAUCAAGAAGAAACUUGGAAUAUCAGAUUAACAACACCAAUUUUCAUAAUAUAGAUGUACUUUGGUCAUCAAAAUUUAAAUUAUUAAUUUAUCAGGAAUAAGGAAUCAGAUUUCAUAACAUAUACAGUACAUUUUUAUGUAAUUAUAUUGGUACUGAGUCAGAAAUCUCCUUCAAAACUUUGAAACCAAAAUGCUAUAGCAAUCAUAUUAUACACAUAAUUCUGUACCAUAUCAAAAGGAAUGUUAAAGCAUUUUUCUUUAUAUGUUGUUCAUGCUGUUAUAUAUUUAGUUUUAUAGAUUUAUUGUCUUUUUUUGAGUGUUGGUACUUUGUGUACAAAUUAUUAGGGAACACUUUUUGAAUUGUUUUUUUUUUUUGCAUUUACCUUUAAUUUUUUUGCAUUCUUUCUUUAGGAAAAUUUGAUAUGUGAAUAUUUUAAUUGUUAGAUUAUAUUAGUUUGAUUCUAUUUAUCUGUUGUGUAAAAUGUUUUAAAGAUUGGUCACUUUUUGUUACACAGUUUUAAUAUGCUUCACUAUAGAUUAACAUGUAGCCAUUUUAAAACAAAUGUCUGACUCAUAUCCUCUUGUCUCUGUGAAAGAUGUGAGGAUACACAUCUGACAAGUGGCUGAAGUCAAGAUACCCAUGUAGCUGGUAGGAUUUUCUAGAAAUGUAUACUUGCCAUGCAAAAAUCCAGUGUCCGGUGACAUUUUUAAUCAAACAUAAAAAGCAUUUUUAUCGAGAACAUUAAAAUGCACAUGUAUAUCUUAGUCUCUGUAACAUCAGAAGUAAUCAAAAUGGCUGUAAAAUUAUCAGCAGAUUUUUAUUUUAGCAUUUUUGAGGUGGCACAAUGCAAUGUCAGUGAUGAAGAGAGAAAUGUGUUUCUGUAAUACAUGUAUAGGAUUUUUUAACCUCAGGUUAAGGAAAUACAUUUAAAUGGAUAUCUUACAACUGUAUUUAGUCAUUCAAGUUAUUUGGGUAUCAUUGUUCAACUGAACAGACAGAUAUGUAUUUCCAUUUUUCUUUUUAAGCUUUUCUUUCUCUCUUUUUAUAUUUUCCCCACUUUUUCUCCCUAAUUUUGUAUGUAUUUUUAAAUUACUCCUUAAGAAUAUCAGUGUGUUUUACUUGUAAUGGUGUUGAUCAAAGAGAUAUAGACAUAUUGUGCAAUAGAGGGUAGAUCUCUAAUUAAAACAUUUAUUAUGCUGUAAUCGUAUAUGAUUUUUGAUACAUACAUGUAUAUAUGAUCCUUGGUUGACAAUUUUUUUAAUUAUAUUUUUAAGUUCAUGUUUGAGUGCCAUGAUUUACCCAAUUCCAUUAUUUAUGUCUAAUAAUUUAUGAAACAAAUAAAGAAAUUAUCCAUUUUUAAGCUAGAUCUACCAUACAUGUAUGUCUACAAGUUUGAUUUAUGAGUUAUGUUUUUUAUAGUAAUUAUGUUUACUUUUACUGACUGUUGUUUUAAUUCCUGCUUUGAUACUAAUGGUUACAGCAUUAGGUAAUAAAGAACAGAGCUUUCAGCACUAA